GCCACCGGCAGCUCUGUAAGACCAAAGCCCACCUGUACGGCAUAUGUUCACAAUACGCCGGUCAGACAUUAGUAUUAACUUGUGUCGAGCGUGUUACCUGGCCGCCCAGAAGCGUUGCCAGCUAGCUCCGCGGCUGAAAUGCAGCCAACUGAUGCGAGAACAGCGCUAAUGCUAACAAGCUCAUAGCUUGAGUAAAUGUGCUGAAAUGCCAAUUUCCAUACUAAAGACCAUGGCUAUGAGGAGCGAGGCCAGGCUGGAGGCAGAGGUGGAGGAGGAAGAAAACUACGGACCACAGCCUCUGUGCAGACUGGAGCAAUGUGGAAUCAGUGCCAGCGACAUCAAGAAGCUGGAGGAUGCAGGUUUCCACACUAUUGAGGCGGUGGCCUAUGCACCCAAGAAGGAGCUGCUCAACAUCAAGGGCAUCAGCGAGGCCAAAGCUGACAAAGUUCUGGCUGAAGCAGCCAAACUGGUGCCUAUGGGCUUCACCACAGCCACUGAGUUCCACCAGAGGAGAGCAGAAAUCAUCCAGGUCUCUACAGGCUCCAAGGAGCUCGACAAACUACUACAAGGUGGGAUUGAGACGGGCUCCAUCACAGAGAUGUUUGGAGAGUUUCGGACGGGGAAGACCCAGCUGUGCCACACACUUGCUGUCACCUGCCAGCUGCCCAUUGAUCAGGGGGGUGGAGAAGGCAAAGCCAUGUACAUUGACACAGAGGGAACCUUCAGACCAGAGAGACUCCUCGCUGUAGCCGAGAGGUACGGACUUGUGGGCAGUGAUGUUCUGGACAACGUGGCCUACGCUCGAGCCUUUAACACAGACCAUCAGACCCAGCUGCUGUAUCAAGCCUCUGCCAUGAUGGCUGAGUCCAGGUAUGCUCUGCUGAUAGUGGACAGUGCCACUGCUCUGUACAGAACGGACUACUCGGGUAGAGGAGAGCUGUCGGCCAGACAGGGACACCUGGGACGCUUCCUCCGGAUGCUGCUCAGGCUGGCAGACGAGUUUGGCGUUGCCGUGGUGAUAACCAACCAGGUUGUAGCUCAGGUGGACGGGGCAGCGAUGUUCUCUGCAGAUCCCAAGAAACCCAUCGGUGGCAACAUUCUGGCUCACGCCUCCACCACACGUCUGUACCUGAGGAAAGGUCGAGGAGAGACACGGAUCUGUAAAAUCUACGACUCGCCCUGCCUGCCGGAGGCUGAAGCCAUGUUCGCCAUCAACGCUGACGGGGUGGGCGAUGCCAAGGACUGAGUGGGGCAGAGGCAGGAAGCGGCGGGGUGGUGGUAGGCGUACCGUCACACCUGCUGACUUGUCCCUUGGACUACAGUGUUGAGUGUAUGACCUUCAGCCAUACUACUGCCUUCCCACAAAGCCUCGGACUGACGAUGGGCUGACGGGAUUUUGAGUUGGCCUCAUUGAGGCAGAGUCGCUAAGAUGGUCUGGGCUGCACACGUGGCCUCAUGGAGCUCAGCGAUGCAACAGCAAGAUGAAAAGUUGUGUUUUCUGCACUCUGCCGUCAACGAGGGACAAAGAAACAAUGUUUUCCUGCAAUUAUGACAUAGUAGCUCAUAGUUACGACUAAGCAUCUCCGUAAUUACAAAAAGUCUCACGAUGACAUUCAAAGUAUAGCAACAUGACAUUUAUUACAUAAUAACCAAAAAGGCCUGGGUUCUUUAUCAUUUAACAAUUCGACCUGUAAUGAUGAGAUGCUAAGUCCUAAUUAGAGAAAAGGUCUCCAAUUUCUUUUCUUUGUUGAAUGCUGUGCACUUCUGCAUCUUCAUCAAUGGGGUGGUUAAAAAAAAAUAAGUUGUAAAAAGUAUUUUAAAUAAUUUGUGAUAUUUUCUUUUCUGUUGAGUGGUGUCUUUUCUUUUGGAUGUGUGACAGUGAAGCAUUUUUUCUGAGAAUUCCUGUUUUCAUUUCUCUCCAGCCACACCACCACUGUGUACGCUUCGUAGCUAAAUUGAAUUUCUUGUACUAUUAAAUCCACUUGUUUACCUCA